GAUUGACAGUUGUCAUGGUAACAGUCCAGGCUGUCGCCAUUUUGUCAGUAGCGUUUUUUUUUACCUUUUCAAAUGUUUUCUCUUCCCGCCGGAAUAAUGCAGUCAUUUUUUAUACCAGUGACAAUUGUCUUGAAAGCAAUGCGUCGACUGGAUCGGAUUGAGAAAAUUAAGAGUCGAACGAUAUAGCACAGUUGUUCAAUCUUUAGGCGGCGCCGAACUAACAUAGUUGUCCGUGUCUCGGGUCUACCGGGCCGGUUCGCUGCGCAGGUUUGGAACGCGCGCCAUUUUGUGAAAAUUGACAUAAAAUCUUGUCCAAACUAAGGCUUAUAUCUGACGGUAGUAUUAUCAUUUCUAAUGUUUUUUGAAUAGUGUGCGUCGCCGAUUAUAGUUAAUGACAAGUAGGAGUAUUGUCUGGAUUCAAUUUUCUCUAAAACGAACAAUCCGAAUGUGUUUUACGAACGGUAUAAUAGACAGCUGGCUAGCUUGCUAGCUAGCAAGCUAGUUAGCCACGUUUGUUAGCUAAAGUCACCGAGCAAACUAGCAGGCUAGCUGAACUGGCUGGCUAGCUUGCAUUCAGGUGAUGGUAGCUACUGUUUAGAAGUUGGACCAAUAACUAAGGAUGACUGUCGCAGAGGGAAUUUUGGUAUUAGUAGAUUUAACCUGGCAGGCCAAUUUUUAGUUGGUGUUAGUGCAAGGACAGGGUAUUAUCUUUAAAUACCUAGCUAGCUAGGUGGUUCGACAUUUUGGGUGUCUCAUUGGAAGUAACGAUAGAGAAGCUGGAUAAGUUCCUUCACCAUAUUGGUUCUGGCACUUUAAAUGAAGAUCGUACCAUCAAAGGAGGAGAGACCUCAGCAUGCAAAGCUUCAUCUGUCCGGCUGGCACCCUCUUUUUCUUUCCAUGCUGCUGGUCUUCAGAUGGCUGCUCCCAUGCCUCAUUCCCACCAGCAGUACAGUGACCGCCACCAACAGAGCACAGAGCCACCUGUCACUGUACUGCCCUACAGUGACCAGACACAGCCACACACUGCCAACCCGAGGCACAUGCCCCAGUGUUUCCGUGACCCAACUUUGGCCCCUCUGAGGAAGCUCUCUAUUGACCUGAUCAAAACCUACAAACACAUCAAUGAAGUCUAUUAUGCAAAAAAGAAACGCCGGCACCAACAGGGUCAGGGGGAGGACUCGAGCCACAAGAAGGAGAGGAAGGUCUUUAAUGAUGGCUACGACGAUGACAACUAUGACUACAUCGUCAAGAAUGGGGAGAAAUGGAUGGACCGCUAUGAGAUCGACUCCUUGAUUGGGAAAGGGUCCUUUGGUCAGGUGGUAAAAGCUUACGACCGCCACGAACAGGAAUGGGUAGCAAUUAAGAUCAUCAAGAACAAAAAGGCCUUUCUAAAUCAAGCCCAGAUCGAGGUGCGUCUCCUGGAGCUGAUGAACAAACACGACACGGAGAUGAAGUACUACAUAGUUCACCUUAAGCGUCAUUUCAUGUUCCGGAAUCACCUUUGCCUGGUGUUUGAGAUGCUGUCGUACAACCUGUACGACCUGCUGCGCAACACCAACUUCCGCGGCGUGUCUCUGAACCUGACACGGAAGUUUGCCCAGCAGCUGUGCACGGCGCUGCUCUUCCUGGCCACGCCCGAGCUCAGCAUCAUCCACUGUGACCUGAAGCCCGAGAACAUCCUGCUCUGCAACCCCAAGAGGAGCGCCAUCAAGAUCGUCGACUUCGGCAGUUCCUGUCAGCUCGGGCAAAGGAUUUACCAGUACAUCCAGAGUCGCUUCUACCGCUCUCCUGAGGUGCUGCUGGGCAUGCCGUACGACCUGGCCAUCGACAUGUGGUCCCUCGGCUGCAUCCUGGUGGAGAUGCACACGGGCGAGCCUCUCUUCAGCGGAGCCAAUGAGGUGGACCAAAUGAAUAAAAUAGUGGAAGUUCUUGGUAUCCCACCCAAUCACAUUAUGGACCUAGCACCAAAAGCCCGGAAGUUCUUUGAGAAGUUAUCGGAUGGGACAUGGAACGUAAAGAAGACCAAAGAUGGCAAACGGUAUAAGCCCCCAGCUUCACGGAAGCUCCACACCAUCCUGGGCGUGGAGUCAGGGGGCCCGGGCGGGCGCAGGGCGGGGGAGUCUGGCCACGCCGUAGCGGACUACUUGAAGUUCAAGGACCUCAUCCUCAGAAUGCUGGACUACGACCCCAAGACCCGCAUCCAGCCCUACUACGCCCUGCAGCACAGCUUCUUCAAGAAGACGGCUGACGAGGGCACCAACACGAGCAGCAGCGUGUCCACCAGUCCAGCGCUGGAGCAGUCCCAGUCCUCAGGCACCACCUCCAGCACCUCCUCCAGCUCAGGAGGAUCGUCUGGAACGAGCACGAGCGGGCGAGCGCGCUCAGACCCCACCCACCACCACAGACACAGCGGGGGGCACUUUGGCGCGGCCUUGCCAGCCAUAGACUGUGAGAACCUGUGCCCACAGGUGAGACCGCCGUACCACCCCCCUGUAGUGUGGCCAGGCGGCGUUGGACCAGAACCAGCCACUGUAGAAACCCACCCAGUCCAGGAGACCACCUUUCACGUGCCCCCCCAGCAUCCGAAGGCACUGCACCCCCACCACCUCCCGCACCACCACCCGCACCACCCGCACCACCACCACGGACAGGUGCUGGCCACCCGGCCCCGCCCGCGCCUCUACAACUCCCCCACCAACAGCGCCUCCACGCAGGAUUCCAUGGAGGUGGUGCACGGCCACCUGUCCAUGACCUCGCUGUCUUCCUCCGCCUCCUCGUCCUCCACUUCCUCCUCUUCCACUGGGAACCACGGCAACCAGGCCUACCAGCUGCGCCAGGUGCCCUCUGGUGCCCUGGACUUUGGCCAGAAUGGAAGCGUGAGCAUGGGGCUGGGCGCCUUCUCCAACCCCCGCCAAGAGACUGGCAUGGCGGGCCACCCCACGUACCCCCUGGGCGCCAGCGCGGCGCCCGGCCCAGCCCACUACAUGAGCGAGGGCCUGGCCAUGCGGCAGGGGGGCCUGGAGCGGGAGGAGUCCCCCAUGACCGGUGUGUGUGUUCAGCAGAGCUCCAUGGCCAGCUCGUGACUAAACUCAAACUGAUGGGGUUUGGUUUUUCUCUGUGUGAUUUUUAAAGGUGGUGUUUUUUUUUGUUGUUUGUUUUGGUUUUGUUUUGUUUUGUUUUUUCCUCCUCUUUUUAUUUUAAUUUUUUUUCCCUUUUUAAAAAAAAACAAACAAACAAAAAAGGUGCAUAGAGAACAAAAGCUGCUCAUAUCAGGAGGGAGAUAUCACUGAACCGCUACAACAGAAGAGUCUAUUUAAGUGAAAAAAGAAAAAACAAAAAAAGUAUAUAUGUAAUUCCAUGAUUUUCCUUUUUAAAUAGGCACAUUAGUAAGACUGCAAAAUAACCAUAGUGAAAUUGAAACCAUCUACCCGUUCAUAUGCUGCCCAUAGUACUUAACUCCCAUCUGUUCCGUGGAAAAUAGGUCCGUAUUAACGCUGAGCAUCUGAGAGUGGAGAGCUGUUUUUUACAGGUAGCUAUAUGUAAAGAAAUGCAAAAACAUUCAAGUUUUUUCUUUCUGAACAGUGAAAACAUUUGACCUUUUUUCCGUUCCACUGGUUGUUUAAUUUAUUUACCCUUUAAGUGAAAUUUCACAAAGGAACUAUGUGUCCCCUGUAGCGUGGCAGGAGCAGUACUUGCAGUGAUAUUUCGUGUUGUUGGUCUUGUGUAACUCUUUUGACAAAGGGGGGGCACAGAAGCAGGUGGAGGUCGCCCGGCAGCGGGGUGCAGGCCCAGGGUGCGAGAGGGGGUGGGGGGGGGACUGAGCCGCUUGGGGGGCGGCUGAGGGGGGGUGGUAGUGGUGGGGGCUGGGCAGGAGGCGCCCCCCAGGCCUGCUUCACUGAGACCCUCUGCUGGACUCUGGGGGUUUGGGGGGGGGGGGGGGGGGGGGGGGGGGAGAACGAACCUGGGGCUGUUGACGACAGAAACCCUUUGGCCUUAUGAUCUAUGGACUUUGAGUGAAACGGAGCUGGACAUUUAUCAUUUGAAUAAAGAUGGCUUUCCUCUAUUUUUAACAUUUAAACAGCCCUUAAUUGUUGAGGGAAAAGUUGAAUAGAAAAAGGGUAACGGAGAGGUAAUCAAGAGGCCUUUCUUUCACCCAGAUUUCUCACUCAAAGGGACUCUUCAUUGCAGGGUCUUGUUAAAGUGUCCCAAACAUGACUUCCUAAAAAAAAGAAAGAAAAAAAAUCUUGUUCACAGAAGUGGGAUUUUUGCAAUGAAGGUUUUUUUGGAGUCCCUUGCAUUUGAUUUCUUGGGUCUAGUUUUGAUUUCCCUUGGUUGUGUUCCUUUCUGAAGCAUGAGGCUCCUGACUGAUGCCCUGCACACAAUCGGCCUGUUCAUCCGUCACCGUGGAGACGAGAGAGAGACCACUGUCACGGGACUGCCUUUCCUCCUCACAAAUUAUGCUGUGAAUUUUACAAGGAUUUAUUUUCCCUUUUUCAUUUAUUUUUUACCAAAGCAGUUGUUUUAUAGCACAUGGGGUGUCACAUGGUUGUGUCACACGGGGUGUCACAUGGGGUGUCUGUAACCAAUAAUGUAGCAGUUCACCACUUCAACGCAAAAUUGAUUUCGAAUUUAUGUCAAUUACAAAAGGCUUUAUUUGUUGCAUUUGCAAACCUGAACUGUUUCCUAACAGAAUUGGCUGUUGUGUUAACCCAACAUUUUUCUUAAGCAUUUUCUUCUUCUUAUUUCCUUUAAAAGUUAACAGACUAUGACAGCAUUGAAACACUGAAUACUCUGCAGGCUCCGGAGUAGUAGAAUGAAUGCAAAUAUUUCUGAGGAGUGAACCGCAUCGUUAUUCUUUAUUUUCCUCGUCUGAGCAGGCUCUCCUGCCUUUCAUGUGUCAGUUGUAUUAACGUGCUAGUUGCUACCAUCCCACCUAACACAAAACGUGGCUACUCAGACCUACUAGUGGAGUUUAACGCAAAGUCUUUUAAUUAAGUGUUCUGUUUUUUCCGAAGUCAUUUGGUUUAA